AUGUCCUGCUGUGGAAUCACUUGCCAGCGCUGCUGCAGCAUCCCCACUGGUCCAGCCACCACCAUCUGCUCCUCUGACAAAUGUUGCCGGUGUGGAGUCUGCCUGCCCAGCACCUGCCCACAUGAUAUCAGCCUCCUUCAACCCACUUGCUGUGACAAUAGCCCCGUACCCUGCUGUGAACCUGACACCUACGUGCCAACUUGCUGGCUGCUCAACUCUUGCCAGCCCACCCCUGGCCUGUAUGGCAUCGACCUGACAACCCACGUUCAGCCUGGUUGCCAAAACCCCUGCACACCCUGCUGUUAA